CUAUCAAUUGGACUCUCUAUCUCAUUUUCAAAAUCAAUUCAAACCAACAGCAACACUCCAGUCCAUACUAGCUAGCUAUAAUGGAUCAUGGGUCAUUGUUCUUCUUACUGUUAGUGCUGCUGACAGUUCCUACUGAAGGAUCUUAUUGUAUGACUGCUGACUGUCCUAAUACUGGAUCAGGUGGACUAUCACUGUAUCUAAGUGCAUGCUGUGUUGUUAGUAACUUAGGACAGUCUGUUACUAUCAGUGAAUCUGGUAUUAAUAAAUAUAUUCUAUGUCCUAAAGUACGACCAAAGUCAUGCCCAGAUAUCAGUGACUGUAAGAGCUUGUUUGAGGAUGGUAAUAAUGCAAGUGAUAUUUAUACUAUCAGUCCUGAUGGAGGAACUCCAUUUGAAGUAUACUGUGAUAUGGAGACUGAUGGUGGUGGAUGGGCUGUAUUUCAGAGAAGAGAAGAUGGAUCUGUUGAUUUCUAUAGAUACUGGGCCGACUACAUGAAUGGAUUUGGUAACCUUACUGGUGAGUUUUGGCUAGGAUUGAGCAAGAUUCACCGCCUUACUAAAGAAAGAUCAAACACACUAAAAGUGGAGCUACAAGAAUUUAAUAAUAAUAUUACAAUCUAUGCCGAGUUCUCUAGAUUCAACAUUGGCGAUAACAGUACUGAAUAUACACUAUCAGUAGGAGGAUAUUCUGGUACUGCACAAAAUAGCAUGUAUCUUCAUGAUGGAAUGAGAUUCAGUACAAGAGAUGACGAUAAUGAUCUUGGUCCAGAUUACAGCUGUGCUAUUGGUCACACUGGUGCCUGGUGGUACCGAGGUUGCCAUGUUGCAUGUCUUAAUGGUCAAUAUUUUCAGACUCCAGUUAAUAAUGCUAAUGGAAUCGUUUGGUAUGAGUAUAACAAAAAUUACGUUGUUUUUGAGUUCUCAGAGAUGAAAGUUCGCCGUAACAAUUAAAUACUGUCCCCCACACACAUAAGUGUUUUUACAUUGUGCUGAUAUAUUAUUAUGUCAUUUCAAUAUUACAGUCUGUCAUACCUUGUAGUGAUUAU